AUGGCUGCUUCCGCCCCAUUGCGUGGACCAGGCUGGAUGCAUUGCCGCCGGACCGACUGGAUGCCCUCAUCUGCCCUAGCCCACUAUUCAAAACUGUCACUGCGUUGUGGCCCCUGUGUAGCGCGUCGUGUCACUUCUAUGAGCUUUCUCCUAGUCCCUGAGCACUCAGUACGUCAGUGCGACUGAAGUGCGUCAUAGUUCAUCUGCACUCAACCGGUAGUAAUAGAAAGCAAUUAGCUAAGACAUGCUUGACUGUCGUAUUAGCUUUUGUUGUUGACGCCUUAACAAAUACAUAAGAGGGACUGACGACUGGACACCCGAUUAUGGCGAUAUCAGCUGUCGGUCAUUGAAGCUUAAGCCUCGGACUGACAGCAUCUCCGGCAUUCGUCUAGACUCAGUCUGAAUUGGCUUGACUGUAACCAUUCCUCUCGCAGUUCUACGGAGGGUUCCGCAGUCUACUUGCUUUUUCAGGGCUUGUAACGACGAACAUUGUGUACGUAUACUUGUGGCAUCUCGGAUAGGGAGUGUACCUUGGCCACCACAAUCAUCAGAUGGAUGCGUGUAGCCUGUACAGAAGCUUAGAGUUGGUCAGAGCCCUCGAAGUGCGGCGUGCUCUUGGCUUGCGCGUGCGUCACCGCAAGAAUUAUGUGGGCGCGAAUGAUAAAUUGUUAUGUUGUCUGCCAGUGUCAGCCCGGUGGGUUAAUUGGGGUUUGUCGGAGUCUGCGAUUGACUGUCCCCCCAGGAUGAAUGUACGCGUACUCCAUCCGCUUGAAAGUGACGAUCACAUGAUUCCAUGUGCAGUGUGUGUGACAGAGGCUGGAGACUCAUACGCGCUUGCAACGCCAUGCAUGUACCAGUUGUGCUCGGAAGAGUGGUGCCUUCGACGAAUUGACCGUCUCUCUGUUUCCUCUCCGGUUUACCGUAAUUGCGCCUUAUUUGCUGGUAAGAUAGUUCCUUUUUAAGCUGCCAUCUUCUAGGCUAUUCGCUUUGUAAGAGUUAAACUGAUCCAUCCCUCUAUGCUAUGUCCAGAGAACCCGGUUUUGUGGGACGGCUUCAAAUGGGGGCCACUGCAUUUCCUGCAACAGUCCUUGUCAGAUAGCCUUUUGUCUCCAAGCAGGCUUAUUUCGUUCUCACGUACUUAGCUCCCCUCCCUCCCCCUCUCCAGGUAACCGCAGGUGACAGUCAUAGUGCCGCCCUCGACGACGAUGGCCGUGUUUGGUUGUGGGGCACCUUCCGGGGCUCUAGUGGUGUUCUGGGCCUGACGAAGGCUGCCGAGAUCUGUCGAAGCCCAGUCCUCCUAAACAUGCCAUCCGACGUAGGUCGCGUGGUAAAGAUCGCCUCCGGUCAGGAUCAUCUCGUCCUGCUAACAGAGGAUGGGCGUCUGUUUACGAUGGGCUGCGGUGAACAAGGCCAACUCGGUCGUAUCGCCGAGAGAUUCGCAAAGGACGGCGGACGGAAUGGUCUCGGUUAGUGCUCUGCUUCAUACCACCUUUUUUCUCUACCUGUUUGUCCACUCGAUGGCGGUUUGGUCGGAAAUUCUCACCAAUUUUAGAGGUGGGAUGUUUAGUACUGCAGUCAAAGGAUCCCUUGAGUCAAAAUGACCCAUUUCAAAGUAGAUUUUAUUCCCUGUCUAAACGCUUGCCGCUUUGGCACCCUUGAAGGUUAUUCGGACAAUUAUACACUCAUAAACCUAUUCGGUACUAUGCGACGCAAGUCUGCCAGACUAACUUUGCUGUGACAUCAAAGGUUGUCUUGGUGUGAAUGCCCCAGGUUCAUUUCGUACCGUUCGAUGUAGCCUCCUCCAAGCUCAACACAUCCAUCAUUAGCUUCCCAUUGGAAGUACCCUUUGCCAUCGGUUAUGACGGUAGCAUGACCAUGACAAGUCUGAUAGUAAACUCUUGAAAUGCUGCGUCGAGGCCGUUGCCACCCCUAAGCAGUUGUUCCAUUAGUUCUCGGGUUGGUUGCAAGGGUUGCCCUCCCAAGUCUCUAACGACAGAGUUUCAAGACAUACAAAACCAGAACUCGUGCACGGUAUGCUGAUGUUCCCGCCCAGUGUUAUGGUCGAAACGUGCUGUCCUGGCGAGUCGCUGAUAGUACUUGAAGGGAAACAGAGGCUUCGGUCGCUGGGCCCUCUCCGCAUUACUUCGUAAGGUCGUACUCGCCUCCAGGAGCCUUUCAAAGCCAGGGGUCACUCCAAACAUAGUUGCGAAAGGUUUAUAGGCUCAUAGAGCCGUAUGUGCUACUCCUGGUGAAGCUCCAUGUACCUGAACAGCGUAUCAGCAAUUAUGGCCAAGUUCUUCACACAGCUCUAAGUGUAAGUCCCCAUUAGGUCUGACUCGACACCUACCCAUCAGGUCAUGUGUCCGAGGCACCCUCAUUGUCACCUUCGAGGAAACUCCAGGCCAUCUGUCGACAGAGACGCAGUUUCGGGGCAUACUUGCGAUGGUUCUUCCAUGGAACUCGGCAAUGACUACCACUGUCCCGUGGUGGCUUGCGUUUGGCUUUAGAGUUCCGUGAGGAAGGCGGGCGCAUCAUCAACUUCACCCGUCCUUGCCCCAGUACUAUGACUUCCACUUCCUCGCUUGUCCUCGAGCUCACGCGAAAUAGCCCUCCCACUUCAAUCUCAUGCCACUCAGAAUCAUACUAUGCAGAAGUUAUUAAAACCCGACUUUUGCUCCGGAGGACGGCAUCGUCGCGUCAUUUUGCCCUCUUCCGGGUUCGUGUGCGUCAGUUCUAUUAUGGCGAGGGUUACGCAGACUCGGCCUCUGCUCCCACAUCCGGAGUUGCCGUCGGAGGGCAAGACGUCACCAAGACUACUAUAGGGGGAUUCGAACUCAGCAAGUGACCUAACAUAGGGUCCCGUUUAGAUGUGGUUAUGUAGCCCCACCUGAUGGACAUAAUACUGUUGGGGUUGGGAUUAGGGCAACUAUUUCUCAACCACUCAAAGUAUAACCGCGCAUUCCCAAUAGCUUUUCGUUUGCAUACAACUACUUGACCACAUCGCCUGUGCGUUCCCGACCCCACCUGUAAAAACCCCUAUUACCACCAAUCCCGCAUUACAGGCAGCUGGGGUUUGUUUACUUCAGGUGGGGCUACAUAACCACCAAGACUACUUGAUUUUCUUUUGCUGAGUCGGUUUCACCCUGGCGCCCCAAUCCGGUUUUGUCCGCCAUCCGAAGUGUCUGUCCGAGUGCAGCCGCUGAUCUCCGCACCACUCGAGGUUCGGACCUGAAUGGGAUGGCCAUGUGCGACGAUCCAUUUGGUGCAACUAAGAACCGUGUAUACCUCAGCCAAGAGAGCGCAAACUCGAAAUUGCUCUGUAUAGGCCCUGUUGAAAGUGACAGGCGCGAUCUACGCAGCCAGGGCCGUUGAUUUUGAGUCCCUAAGUGAUAACUGCACGGCAAUGUAGCUGUAGGGGGUGUAGCUAUCGUACACCCUCAGCCAGUUGCCGCAUGGAGCUACCCAGGACUUACCCAGCAGUACUUCUUUGCCUAAAAAAGAACCAAACAAAAAGUGAGACUGCUUUGCUUGGCGGGCACCAAGUGGGAGCACGGAAGACCAUAAAACAGCGAUGGUUGACACGCCCUAGGCGUUAAUUGAUUACCCACACAGUCAUAUGAUCAGCCGGCAUAUUUCAUUAGUGUAGUUUAUGUGUAUCUUCUGCCAGUGGUUACGAAAUACCGAAUUGGUUGUCAGACUCUAAAUAGACUUGUCGCCGCAGUAAACGCUCUUUUCUCUCGUUCGUUUACUACAACGGCCCUUAGAUGUCGAGUGUCCUUGCCGUAUCGGCAGCGCAUCUUCAGGGGAGACUCAGACGUGACCAUAACCCCCUGACGUCUUUCUGUUCAUCUUCAUCCUCCAAAAUUGACCACAAGAGUCGUCAGUGACCUGCUGAAUAAAGGGAAGGAAGUUCCUUCACAAUGGAAUUAUUAGACUGUGGUACACGCUUCACGCCUAACAGACAAGUAUACGAACGAACCCCGGGAUUUAGCACAGAAACCGACGGGCCGCGAGAGCACAAGUCGCAAUGGCACCUAUAUCACCUCAGUAAAUAUCCUAGCAGCUUCCUAGACAAGUGACUAUACUAAAUGCCCACGAAGACUGACUGCACUGCACGAGGGACGUUACGCAGGCCAUGGCAGACAUGUGGAGUUCACCCACCGGUUCUUUGACACCGGCCUGAGAUCGUUAUCUGUCACUUGCCUAAGGACAUGUCUGGAAUCAUCUACCGCGUCAACGGUUUGGUACUGCAGGACUGACGACCGGUCAGGAGAGCAUGCGCACGAUCAUGCUCCCUUGCCGUGAAGUGCAGUGACGCUCAAUCGCAUGCAACCACGCACACAGCCUCGAGAACAGUAAUCGAUUCGUCUUUGACACAGUGCACAAGUACUUGGUCGGACUGGAAGCAAAGUGGCGAGAGCGAGAUGAUCGAUGCCCGGCACUCGAAUGCCACCGGCACCGCUUUACGUGGAGCCUGUCCUAGGCACUGCCACUGCGACUUCUGGUAGCUCGGUCGCGCUGUGUUGUAGACCACUUGAAAGGCGUCCGCGGGAUGGUCGAUGUCAGCCGGCUAGAGCUGUUAGUUGUCUUUGUUUAAUCCUUGCAGUCACGCAAUCGCAUGUCCUCUCACCCUUUUGAACAACUAUCGUCUUUUUUUAGCCAGCGAUACGUACUUCGCAGUACUAAGCGCAGUUCGUCGUCUCACCACUGCCUAGCGUUUGUGAGAUCGCGUUUUUCGAUAACCGUACCUCUUGUUCAGCAGUCGGUUGUACACGAGGUGCACCCAAAAACGGACCGUGCAGUUGUUUUAUACCUAGCCGUAGUCCAAAGGUGCUUGGAAUGCAUCCAAACUCUCUGACUCGGACGGACCUGGGGCAUAUAGCAGCAUAUAAGCACUCUGGUAGCUUUGAUUGUUAUUGUCGGCAUGUCCGAAUUACGUCUCAACAGCGUCUUGCCGGACACAAAAUUUGCGAUGGAGACGGUAGAAAAUAACCAACUGGCUUUCCUUGAUGUCUGCCGCAAAGAUUGUGGUGGCCCAAAGACCAAGGCGACAAAUAUGACGUCAAGUACUGAGCUUCAACAGCAACCACCCAAUCAGCCACAAGUGCGGUUGCGUAGGAGCGCUGAUACGCACUGUAGUAAACCGGAAGAUAAGGUUGCCGAAUUUUAGUAUCUUUGACGGGUGUUCAAGGAAAAUGGCCACCCGCGCGACUUUGUCAACCGCUGUAUGCGCAGACGAUGUGAGCGACAAAAUCGCACAGACCCCAAAUUUUGGCGAGCGACUCCGUGCGUCAAGGACGUCUCGGCGGCCAUCAGUCGUCUUCUCGCACCACUCGGAGUUGGAGUCACACACAGACCGGAGGCAGCCAUUAGGCAUCAGAUAAUGAGUCAGAGAGACGCGCUGUCACGUCAAGGAACAUCUGGAGUCGUUUGUCGGAUCUGGUGCAGUUGUUGCGGGCUAAUCAACUACGUCGGAAAAAACUGAAAGAUUUCUCCGGACACGAACCGCCGAACACGCGGCAGCAGUGCAGGGAAAUGACGCCAACUCUCAAGUCGCGGCUCAUUCUACGAGACUCGGCCACACAUUCAAUUUCGAUUAGGCCGAAAUUCUCACGAGAGGUAUUGUAUUGUAUUGUAUUGUAUUGUAUUUUAGGGUAAUAGGCAAUGCCCUUGAUGACCCUAUUGAAAACGGUACAUAAAAUAUAAAUGUUAAAUGUACAUCUUACUAAAAUUUUGUCAGUAACAUAUUUGUUCACGGGAAACUUUCACAAUGCGGGACUGCUAAGCGUGCGGCAGGCGGUCUUCUCAGUGUACACAUGAAAUUUUAAGUGCAGUGGCAAUCACGUGGGCCGCGAUUUGCUUGAGUCAUCGUUCACGGGAACCCCAGUCUAUCAACAAGUGCGGUGGCCCUCCCACUCUAUAUUCGAUGCGGAGACUUUGUUUGGCCAAGGGAGCGCAGGCCGGUGAGCUAUCAUCACGCCAACAUCUAACAGGAGUGAUGAAAUUUCGGUAAUUAACGACUUGCGUGACGGCCAUCAAGCAAUUACCUCACCAGAGGUCAGCCAUCCUCGAUGAAGGGGGGAGCCCUUAAUUGUCCUAGAUAUGCAGCAGCGUAGCGACUGCAACUUCCUGUUUAUGAAUUACCCGUAUCUGAUAAUAUCACCGAUGAUGAGUUCAAGUGUGAAUCCUGAAAGUCAGGUCCGUGUUCCGGCGAUCGCAUCUACUUCUCAGCAGUUAAUUUACUCCACCCACAAGCCUAUGAAAGCAGCUGACACCACAAUCUCAGGUGUGACUUGGUAUCAUUAGCACACGCUCUGGCCCCGCCAGCGGUCUCUGCUACAUGGCACAGCAAUUCCGAGUUCUAUGCCCCAUAAACCUCUUCAUUCUGGCGUCUUCUCUCUUAUCCUGCUGGUGGAGGCUUGGCCUGAUUUUUGUGGCGCCGUGAAUACACUGAUUGCUUAAACUUCACAACACUUUUCAGUCCCCCCCUCCCCCCCGGAAGAAGUGCCGGGAUUCGUCCCUUGUAACAGAGGGAAUGACGUGCUCGAAAUGCCUCCACCGGUUUUUCCCUUGCCGAUUCACCCGGCUUGUCGCAUGAAAUAGGUAGUUCGCUAAAGAACUCUGCGCUUCUCGUCUCUCUGUCUUUCAAGUGUAUACUUUUAGUCACCAGAUUUUGUGAAUUUUUUCAUAGAGAUCCGACAUCCGUUAUCGCCGGCGUCCCCUACAUUGCCGGACUCUGGCACUCGUUUUUUUUCCUUGUAUCAUGCUUUUUUUCUGGUCCCUCUGUCCAGACCUGCUUCUCCAACCGGCCGAAUGCCGACUGCGUGGCGCAGUGCGUUUCCUCGAUGUCUGGGCCGGAGGUUUCGCCACCAUUGCCCGCAGCCUUCCAUCCGGUGUCAUUUACGCCUGUGGUCUCAACAACUACGGUCAGCUGGCUCUUGUCCCGGCAGCCACCGGCACCACGCGCCUCGAGUCUGAGAAACCGCAGCCAGCCUCCGAGCCGGCUGUUGAAGCCGAGGGUAAUGCCGCCGCCGGCGCUGAAGUCAGUCCUCAGACCCUCUCAGAGUCCAUGCUGCUGAAGAAACAGGGCCCUCUGGUCCAGUUCAUGCUCACACCCGCACUGGGCUUCGAUCCCUCCAAAGACUGGCAGCAGUUCGCUAUCAGUAUGCAUCACACUAUCGCUCUCACAGCUUCAGGUUAGUGCUGCCCAUCUGACAUGCCUCUUGGAAACAUUGCCAUGCCAUUUUGAACAUCGUCUGUAGCACAGAAUAUAACACUGGCUUCCGAUUAAACCAUUUCUUCCUAAGACAAGGCCCUAGCUGCUAGGGAUCGCUAUGUAAUACUGCAUUGCCUUGCAGUUAUUAGCUUUUAAUCCAGCAACAUCAAUCCGUUGGCUGACGCAUCCAUGAGAAGGGGGGUUUUGAAGAGGGAAUGGGCUUGUGGAGCUGGUUUACUCGCUCCUCGAGCAGUCUUUUCCGCCACCCCCUCUUUAGAGGACCUCUACAGGAAUCCGAUAAUAAGGACACAAUGGGACCUUUCAUUACUACAAAUGUAAGGUUGAGGACGCAGCCCUCGAGAGCUUAAAAUCUCUUCAGUCCCUCCGCUGCAGUUACAUUUGGGUCGCAGUCGCUAAUUCCACUGUCCGCUUGUUAAAUUGCCGUUCGGACAAAGCAGCCCAUCCAGACCCUUUUUCAGUGGUAGUGGGUUUUUAGAGCCAAACAUCCGUCACAAAUGGAGGUCGAUGUGCGAGUCCCGGGUUCUCACUGCAACAGAAGGCAGUCACUCAAUGAAGGAGUCGUUCUCGAGGCAUGCAUGUUGUCCUUAUUGUGGAUUUGAUCCUUCUAAUAAAGGGUUCUGUCGACAGUACAGGAACAUUUUCCAAUAUACUGAGUCACUCCCAUUUAUUUGUUUUUAAAUUCUUUUCCCCCUAAGGUGAAGUCUACGCCGUUGGGCGGAGCGACUACGGUCGUCUGGGAUUUCCUGUGCCGUCAUCAGUAGACAGUUCCGCGGUCCCAUUGCCUCAUCUUGUCCAGGGUGGUCUGGCGGGUCGCGAGUGCCAGUGGGUUGCCUGCGGCGAGUCCUGUUCCUUUGCUGUGGACAACAAAGGCAAGUGUCCCCUCUUUGAGAUGCCCGUUUUCACCCCCCUCCCCUCCCCCCCCCCCGUCAGGGCUGUCUGGCCCCUGUUCAGAAGGAGACCAAUCCUCUGAAAAGUGCUCUCAAGUCUGAAUCCUCCUCUCUAAGUAGCAACCGUUUUGCAUGUUUCAGGUGUUGCCUUCUCGUGGGGAAUGGGAAGCAGUCAGCAGUUGGCACAGGCGGAUGAAGACGAGGAUGUGCCGGAGCCGGCCCCGAUGUUGGGCAAAAAUCUUGCCAAUCGGUGAGUCCAUAUAAAAUGCCUGUGUCACUAUGCGUCCCUCUUGGGUUCUGUGUGUGUUCUUGUCUGCAACCGGCGGUGGCGAACUGAUCGCCGUGUGUGAGUUAUCCUCGUCUCCCCCCUUCCCUAUCCCCCCCCCCCCAAUGCCCACCAGGUCUCACUGCUGUGGUGUUGAGCUGCAAGGAUGCCCCGUUUGCGCACCAGUACUGCCACUUGAUGCAGUAUUCACUCGCAUGCUCCCCGUGUGACUGGUUACUCAGCGCAGUCAGUUUGAAGGCUGAAUAUGGGGGGGGGGGGGGAGAUCAUCGAGCCAGUAGGUGGACCGCGGGCUAACGAACCAUGAAUCCAGUAGGUUGCAGCUCAUGCUAGAGUUUCGGCCUCUUCUAGCUCGUAGGUGUGGUGGGAUCCCGUCGAGUGAGUUGGGACUUGAGAACUUACGUCAUUACUGCUGAUGCUUGUUCGGAGAUCUGUGCGGGGAGUAAUAUCCCAGUUUAUCUGACGUAGUUCCUUUGUCCACAGCUAAACCAGGUGCAUCGAAGGACUCCAGACGUGUCCUGCUGUGUCAGCGGGGAGCAAAACCGAGGCCGACACCGACCUCAUUAUACACUUGAAAUUGUCCCAGCCCGCCCCUUCGUAGCUCCGAUAGCCGUCAGCUGACAGGAUAACUUGUUCCUCUGUUGGGGUGGGGGGUUAGCUUGUGAAAUUGGCCUAUGUGGGAUCAGAGAUCCCGUCACUCAUGCCUGAUACUUGUGAAUUUGACGACUAGGCCAUGUGUGAUGUGCAAGGCUUCUAGACUUUGCUAAAAGGAGCGGCUAGACUAAAUCCGAUCGGGAAUAUUUCCGCGGAUGAGACCCGCUGUAUCCAGCUCACACCAUCCCAGAUUGCGAGACUAACGCGGUUAGUUGAACUGUGGGCUGUCGGGUGGGUCCAAAAAUGACAAUUUGUGGAGUAGAUGUUAAUUAGGCAGCCGGACCUAUGAAGUGCCUGGGAAGUUGCGGUCAAUGCGCUCUGUCUAUGUGCCCAAAAAGGCAAUUUUCUUACCGACAUCAGCCCGCGUUUCUGCCCCUUAUAACAUCCGAGUGGGUACUUAUUAACGCUGUGGGCACUAGUUGGAGCCUUUGCUUUUGACAAACCUCUGCAAAUUGCGUUUUGAUUUUGACCAAAUUGUCAAUAUUUGAAACAACAACCAACCAAUUCCUGAAAAUAUGUGUUUUUAGUACACUUGCUUGAGUGCCGCUUUGUGUAAUUUGAUGGCCGAUAUCUCGGCAAUUCGCCUCGAUCUCGGCAAGCCUUUUGAUUACCCGCUAUUGCAGCCGAUCCACUUACAAUAUGACGCUAGUUGCCGCAGAAAAUUUGCAGUUGUAGUCACCGCAAGCUGCCUCGAGGUGCCUACAGCCACCGCUGCUUCUGAUAACUAUGCUCUCGAUUGUGCUGGUACUAGCAGUGCGAUUGUGGCCUCUUCCGUUUCCGAUCCCCUGUCUGUGGGCUCACUUAAGUGUGGAUUCGGCGCGUACCAAGCUUCCCACUUACAAGGCGCACAUUCGGCCACAUAACCUGCCACCCACAUUUCAUGCGCUCAAACUACUUACAACUAGCUAGUAACCGUUAAUUAUCGCUAUUUUUUCGGCUAGUUGGCAACUGCCCGCUUUUCACAUGCAAUUAUAUACAAAAUCUCUUUCAACUUUCCACUUAUCAGUGUUCUUUUUAAAAGAUUUGUAACUAAUAGGGAGUUCAAAGGCGCUCACCUAUAUUUCCUGUUAUAUCCCCAAUUAGUAUAACGCCAGUUCUGUGCGAAAUAGAAGACAGACAGGAUAGGAAAGAACAGCUUUACUGUGUCAGUCACUCUGUGUACAUCAACUCUUAAUCCUUCCGUCCGUGGCUUCGUAUUUAAGGGUUCAGCCCUUGUCUGGUUUGCGUGUUCCUACUGGUCCAGUCUUGAGCGCCCGCAUGGGCAGGCCCUCGCGUGUUGCUGGCCCCUGGAGGUCGCGCAUGACUCAGCGGCGUGCUAAUGUCUGGCUCGCAUGCGGGCUUCUUAGGCGAGGCUGUCCGACGAGUUUGCGGUUCUUUGUCAGGCGCGACCCCCGGAAGACAGAAACGGUGCGUCGUGUUCUGGGCCGUCCUAACAUUUCCCUUAAUAAAACUGAACUGAAUGUUUUCAUCUGUUUUCCUAGGAAAACGCUGAUGAUUGAUGCCGGCGGUCAGCACACCGUUCUUCUUGCCCAGGACCCCUCAAGAAAUCCUCCUCUUGCAGAUUCCAAGGAGUCGACUCAAAAGGAGGUCAUAUCAGCAUCUGAACCGGGUCCCAUGGACGUUUCCGAAGACCCAGAGGUCCUAUCUAAGCUUCCAAAGGAGACCACGCAGGAAGAUGCCGGUGACCAGGCUCAUCUAAUCUCUGAUGAUGUCCCGAUGGCCAAGAUCCCAAAACUGGACUCUGAUUACAAGGAAUCACUCCCCGCAGACGACAUUGAAAUGGCGCAGCCGAUAGCAGCUACCGGAAAAGUAGCAAUGGUGACCCCCUCAGACCUGCUGACUUCUGUCACCUCCACCCUGCCGAUCGAUGUUCGCAGCGUGGACAGCAGUGCCCUGGCAAGUACGGCCGGUGCCACAGUGAACACCAGCUCCCUGCGCAGCUGCUCCAUCACGAGCAGCUCGCAGCCGCCAUCCUGUGAUGCGGUGAGCAGUUGUAGUAGCAAUGCUAGCGCGGAGUCCGGUGUGGUCAGUAGCACUCACAGCACCGACGGUGGGGGUUCCAGUCGUCUGAGUUCUCUCGGUGGCGCAUCAGUGCAGAGCAGUCUCUUGGCAGCUGCGGCGGCGGCGGCCGCCGCAGCAUCAACGGCGGCUGUUGGUGGUGGCGGUGGCCAAGAGGCUGAGAGCACUCGUCAGCCUGACGAGACGCGACGUCCUGGGCCACCGCCCGGGUUCCCCGUCCAGGCAGCUGCAGCGACAACCCGUGGAGCGUGCGGAAUGAGUAUCUGCAGUACAAGCAGUGAGCCGGGUGGCUUCCCCACGGACACCACUACGUCGCUGGGCUCUGUCACCGCCUCUCCGAUAGAUAUGACUAACGGAGAAACUGGAACCGGUGGCGCCGUCUAG